AUGGAAUCAAGCAAUACCUUAUUAUCGCUUCUUCUCAACAGGAUGAAGGAUUUCGAUGAUACGUAUGCAAGCAUUGAGGAAGUCUUCAAUGCGCUGGAUGCCUUUGAAUCAUCCGAUCCGCUUAGAGAGUAUUCGAUCAAAGAUUCUCAGCGUGAACUAGUUCUCGACAGAGUCCUUUCCAUCGUUGCGCACUGUUUUAGGGCUUUGGCCAACGACAAGUUCCCGACUAUCAAAUAUCGGUCAGGACAAAUGUACAUGGACGAUUCUCCGAACGAAUGUUUAGAUUUUGAAGAUCCAAAAGAUGGAUUUAAAUUUUCCUCUGGUGUUCUGUCAUUACGAGGCAGGAGUUCCAAGAAUUUGCUCAGAUGCGCUCGCUUCUUCAGAGUUGCACAGUUGGUAUGUUCCUUGCUGAAAGCCAACAAAACGUCCACGAAGCGAGAUAUAUUCUAUGCUGAUGGAAAGGUGUUUGGAAAACAAAUUAACAGUGACAAGGCAAUAGAGCUUUUGGCGAGGAUAUGUAAUGUCCCAAGGUUUCAGCUCAACAUUGUCUCGUAUUCCAAAGGAUUAGUCUAUGGAGCUCUUGUCAUGAAGGAUUUGCAAGGAAAUUUAAUUCAUUGUCACUCAGGACCAACAACCCUUCCAUCAGAGCUUUUUGUGGACCAAGCCCAUGCACUUUUUGUCGUAGAAAAGGAAUGCAUCUUUCGAAGAUUGUGUGACGGCAGAGCUAUCCUGUUGACAGGUUGUGGUUACCCAGAUGUGCAAACACGGAUUCUCUUGAGCCGAUUAAGCAAAUCGCAUCCCAAUCUCCCGAUUUAUGGAAUUGCGGACUGGGAUCCAGAUGGCGUUGAGAUUAUUUUGACAUAUGCGUUUGGAAGUCACUCGCGAGAGCACGAAAGAGAGUUUCUUCGUUGCCCUACGAUGCGAUGGCUUGGUUUGCAUUCCAACGACAUGAAAGUAUUUGGAGUACCCAAAGCGUUAAGACUUGAGUUGUCGUCAAGAGACCGAGCAAGAAUUUCUCGAAUGUGCGAAAGGAAGGUUAUCAAAGAGAAUCCUAGGUGGAGGAACGAGCUCGAAGAGAUGUUGAUACAAGAUUCAAAGUACGAGAUCGAAUGCUUGAACGCUAUUUCACAGGGAGGAUCCAAUUCACUAUCAAACCUCUCCAAUCACUACAUCCAUGACAAAAUCUGCCGAUUUGAUUACCUUACAUUGAAUUUUGCAACCAGCGUAACAUAA